GUCGAAUCGAUGCAGCCAUGCGCCUAGCUAACAAAUAAAUGACAUCUAGCAAGUAUUAAGUUAUCGGUCUUUUACAGAUAAUAUUUGACCACAUGUAAAAUAGUACUUUAAUAUUUAUAAAGUGUCUGUUUUAAUUGUGUUAACUGAAGACUUACAGAUAGGCUAUCGCCGAGGGUUGGAGCGGAAGCAGGAUGAAUGUGGGCGUGGCUCACAGCGAGGUGAACCCCAACACGCGGGUGAUGAACAGCCGCGGGAUCUGGCUGGCCUACCUGCUGCUGGUUGCCGUGCUGCACGUGGUCCUGCUCAGCAUCCCCUUCUUCAGCGUGCCCCUGGUCUGGACCCUGACGAACGUCAUCCACAACCUGGUGAUGUACCUGUUUUUGCACACGGUUAAGGGGACCCCUUUCGAGACCCCUGACCAGGGCAAGGCACGUCUGCUUACGCACUGGGAGCAGAUUGACUACGGCAUCCAGUUCACGUCAUCGCGCAAGUUCCUCACCAUCUCCCCCAUCGUGCUUUACAUCCUGGCCAGCUUCUACACCAAGUACGAUGCCACGCAUUUCCUGAUCAACACGGGCUCCCUCCUCAGCGUCCUCCUUCCCAAGCUCCCUCAGUUCCACGGGGUGCGCAUAUUCGGGAUCAACAAAUACUAACGGGACCGCACCAUGCGGGAGCAGGGGACCUCAGGCUCUGAGCGGGCGAGGUGGGGUCACCGGCGUGACCCCGAGAGAGAAUGGAAAGAGAAACGCACUGAACUGCACAGGGCAUCAAGAUACACUGUUCAACUACACUUCGCACACAACUGGUUUUUAUACUCCAUUUUAGUAUUCCUUUGAUCUGCUUUCAAAUUGUUUCUGAACAUUCGUCCGCGCGUGUACUAUGCGCAAGUUUGUACAUCUUUUUUUUGUUUUGAACACACUUUUAUGUUUUGCGAACCUAAGGCGAAAAAGUCCUGUUCAUUUUAAGAGUUUAGCACCCUUGACUGACGGCUUGCACUCCAUGCGCGUUUGAAAAGUACAGGUGUUCAGAAGUCCCAUGAUGCAAUGUAAAAGCUAGAGAAGGAACUCUAUCUGCAUGUUGAGACGGGCUUUUGCUGUUUUGUACAUUCCUGCAUGUCUUGGUAUAUUGGGUUGUAGAUUGGUAAAGGGGAGAAGGUCUGGUUAUGUAAGAAAGCCAAAAAACUGUCUUCUGCCAAAGUGGGGAGGGGAGAGGGGGGGUAGAUAGUAUGGUCUAAAUUGUGCUUUUGUACAAUUGCUUUAUUAUUUAUUUAUUUAUGUGAUAUAUUUAAGUUUUUCACUUAUUCCUUGUUGUUCUGUUGUGCAUCUGAAAGUCUGUCUGACGUUGUCUGCUGAUGUCACAGCUAAUUGUUCUGAUGUCACAGCAAAUUGUUUUGUGAGGAAACUUGAAGCUGUGCAUAUGUUUUGGUUUGUUUUUUUUUUUAUUACCAGUGUCCUUUGAUGCACAUAUUGGCUAUAAACAUUCAGUCAAUAUAAAGGAGGUGCAAAGGUAUUUAUUAACAGCAAAAACCCACGUGGAGUUGUGUCUUUUCAGUUCAGAUUUGCGCCACAUCUGUAUGUGGAAAUAAAUUGCAUACAUAGCCAUGCCACUUGCAUGUCAAUGCUCAGAUCAGCAUUGUUUAGUUCAUGAAUGUGUUCAGUACCCUGCAGGAAACUGUAGUUGCCCCUUACGGAAAUUGAAUGCACUGCAAUGUUUUGUAAUUAUGUGGCCUUUUAAAAGAAUAUAAUAAAAAUAUAUUUAACAGCA